AUGUUGUGGAGGGUUCAUACUUAAAUCCUGGUAAGUAUGGAGAAUCGUAAAUUUCAGAGAUUAGUUUUUAAUAAUAAUAACUAGUCAAGGAGGACAAGCCACAGUAAUAACAUAUCACAUUACAGACAAUAGCAGCAGCAGAACAAGUGUCUCCUGUUCUUCUUCUAUCGGUACAAGCUUAUAAAGAGCCACAGCGCCAUCACCCGGACAAUACUUGUAUAACAAAAACAGAAUAGUAUUUAAACUACACACAAAAAUCUGUUAGACUUUACCAGAUCAAAAAAACAAACAAAAAAACAUUUUAGGCAACACCUUCGAAGCAGAUGAAGGGCAAAGCCACAAGUUCAGUUUUAGUUACAUCCACGACAGGUGAAACAGCUGGAGAAAGACGAGAAGCAUGCCGUUUUUGUCCAUCCGACAACUGGUACACAGGAAGUUGCUGAACUCUGUGGAGCGGUGUGUGGAUGAGGCCCUGGAGGGCAUAGUGAGCAGCAAUGGAGGACUGAUGCUCCUAAGGGGUCAAAGGGUGGCACUGCGCUCUGACCUCCACAACCUGAAGGGCAAAGUGGCACUGAUCUCUGGAGGUGGCUCAGGACAUGAACCUGCACAUGCAGGCUACAUUGGAAGAGGGAUGCUAUCAGCUGCUGUAGCAGGAGCAGUGUUUUCCUCCCCUCCUCCUGGAAGUAUUCUGGCAGCCAUCAUGACCCUCUGGCAGAGUGGUACUUCAGGAGUCCUGCUGCUGGUUAAGAACUACACAGGUGACCGUCUGAACUUUGGCCUAGCUGUGGAAAAAGCACGGGCACAAGGAGUCCCCGUGGACAUGGUGGUUGUGGCUGAUGACUGUGCUUUUACUACUCAGCUCAGCAAAGCAGGCAGGAGAGGACUCUGUGGAACUGUGUUUAUUCAUAAGCUGGCUGGAGCACUGGCUGAGGAGGGCUGUCCACUAGAUGUGAUUGUUUCUAAAGUGUCAAAGGCAGUAAAAAACAUUGGGACUCUGGGUCUCAGUCUGUCUGCAUGCAGUGUGCCAGGAUGCCUACCCACCUUUCAGCUUCUGCCAGGAGAAAUGGAGCUAGGACUGGGAAUUCAUGGAGAGCCGGGCAUUAAAAAGUCCAAGAUGGCCUCUGCUGAUGAGGUUGUGAAGACUAUGAUUGAUCAUAUGACUGACCCUUCCAGCCAAUCACAUUUGCCUCUGAAAUCAGGUGAUUGUGUGGUCCUCUGUGUGAAUAAUCUUGGUGCUCUAUCCUGUUUGGAGAUGGCUGUUGUCACCAGAGCUGCCAUCAACUAUUUAAUGGGACAAGGAGUGCAGGUUGCACGGGUGAUGUCUGGCACAUUCAUGACAUCACUGGAGAUGGCAGGGAUGUCUUUGUCUCUCAUGAGAGUGGAUGAGGAGAUACUCCGACUGUUUGAUGCUAAAACCUCAGCGCCUGCCUGGCCCAACCUCAGCAGUGAGAGUUUAAGUGGGAGGAACCUGUAUGUGGAACCCACAGCGAGACCAGCUUCCGCUGAGACAAAACCUGAACAAGGUCCAUUUUCUUCUGUGGGACGUCUAGCUUUGGAAUCCAUUUGCAAAUCGCUCUUACAACAGAAAGAGGAGCUCAAUGCCCUGGAUCGUGCAGCAGGAGAUGGAGAUUGUGGGAGCACACAUGCUCUUGCUGCUACUGCCAUCGAAGAGUGGAUGCAGACCACUACCAUCCCAGGACGUCCGUGUCUACUCCUGACAGCCCUUGCUGGGUUGGUGGAGGAGAAAAUGGGUGGAUCUUCAGGAGCACUGUAUAGUCUGUUCCUGACAGCAGCUGCACCCCACCUAAGGGAAAGUUGUGAUGGAAAACACUGGGCUAAAGCUAUACAGGCUGGAGCUGAAGCUAUGAAAAGGUAUGGAGGUGCUGGGCCUGGUGACAGAACAAUGCUGGAUGCACUGUGCCCUGCAGUGGAUGAGUUGAUGAAAUUAUCCACAGCUUCUCCUGGUGGCCAUAUUGCAGUACUACAGGCAGCGGUGGAGAAAGCAGAGUUGGGUGCACAGUCUACCUGUGACCUCACUGCCAAAGCAGGUCGAGCAAGUUACAUUGCAUCUAAACGGCUGACUCAGCCUGACCCUGGUGCUGUGGCUGUAGCUGCCAUUCUCCGAGCAGUGUUUGAUACUGUGAAAGGGACAGACCAGUGAUCUACACAGGUGUCAUGGCAUAAAACAUGGAUCAGAGAGGACACUCUGCAUUGUUGGGGGAAUGCCAACUAAUAUACACAAGUACAAUAAAUCAGCUAUAACAGAGAACAUUCCAAAAUAAUCAUAGAUAAUUUUGUGACUAAUUGCACUGAAAGAACAGUAUUUGAGUGGUGUUCAUUUGUUGGAGUUCCAUGCAUGAUAGAUUAUGUACCCAUUCUUCUUUUAUCAUGGAUUAAGAAGCCUAUUAAUGACUAAAACAGGAUGAUGCAAUGGUAGAGCAGAAUGGUUUCUUACUGGCAGAGUUGACUUAUUCUUAUUAUUAGAGUUAAAUGCAAUAAUCAAUUAAUGAGCAUCAUUUUGAAAACAUCAUUGCAAUAAUCAUUUAAUCAUCUUUGCUUAAGUCAUUCUAAAUCAGUCUUACAUUCAAGGAAGUUGCAGUGAAAUUACUUAGUAAAUCUCCAUAUUCUUUACUGGAGUUGAAUGCACUUUAACUGUUAAAUUUUGUUCCUUUCCUGGAAAAGAAAUCACAUAGAAGGAUUAAUUUGCCACUCAAAAGUGAUUGUAUUUUUUUUUCUUCAUCGUUUUUUUUUUUUUAAAAAUCAUUUAACAUUGCAAACAUUGUAUAUGUAAUAAUGUAUAACAAUAACAUGAAAUAAAUUUAAAUUUAUUAAAAAGUU